AUGAGCCUCUUGAAUGCCCCGUUGCAGUCCUACUUCUACUCAUUCUUCCAGCAUACUUAUGAAGUAGUGGCGCCGAUUCUCACCACUAGUAAAAUUCCAAUCUUCAUCAAGGAUAUAAAUCACCCGUGGGUCAACGAAAACUUGCAAUGGCUGGAGAAUCGCCACGACCCAUUCCAAGAGCUGUGCGACCCAAAUUCCGAACUUUACAGAGAAAUUGAUGGCCGCGUGUGUCCGCCUGAUCUCUUUAACCGGCUGGAGAUUAACAACGAUAUAUGGGACAACAAUGGAUGGGACAAUGGAUGGGACACUAGCAGGACGCCUUGGAGAAAUGCUCGAGAACGGCUGCGAGAAAUGAGGGACUGUCCCAUGGCCCUCGACUCGGUUAAACAUCUCUACGUAGACAUCUACGUCAGCGACGGGACAUACGGAUCCAGAUAUGAUUCACCGAAUCCCGGGGACGAUAUACCCGAUCUCUUUGCAGAUGUGCUGACUUUGAUGCACAAUUUGGAACGCAUAGACUGGAAGAUUUCUGAGGAAUCUACCGACUACUUUGAAAAGGCCUUUUCAGAAAAAAACCUGUCACUCCCGUCGGUCAUUCAACUGAUCCCAAGCCAGUCCUCCUUCUAUCUCAUCCCCAUGUGUCCGAAUCUACGAGAGUUGGAAGCCAAGGAGUCCACCAAUACCCAAAAGCUCUUUAUCGAGAGCACUUCUAAAGUGCCAUCCAUCCAGUCCCUCAAAUAUGAAGCUGCACAUAGAUGGACCGAGCCUCUUCUGUCUGAAGAAGAGAAACUACAAAUGGUGAAAAAGGACCUCAAUCUUGAGCCCGAUGAUAUCAUCAUCAUCCAACGACCCAACGACCCAUACCUCAAGAUUCUUCUUCGUGAACUUGUCGGCUACCCAAAUAUAAGACACCUUGAGCUUCCUUGGGCGGGACAGCUGUCUUUAGGUUUCGAUGGGGGUCCCAUGUGCGGUAAUGCUUAUUUUGGGCCGGAAGGGCGAGCUUAUCAUCGCAGAGUGAUACAGACAGUGGCAGAGACAGAGGAGAAAGCGGUAAGAAUAGCUUUAUCUGUCCUACCACAUUUGGAGAGCAUAUCAAUUGGGGAAUCAACCCCCCAUAUGAUCAAAGAAGAUGGAAAGAAGGUGAUUUUUGAAUGGCCAUGGACGGGGAGAAUGGAGGAAUGGUUGCUAGAGCAAGUCCCCGACGUAGCUGAGGAUGAUCCGUAUUAUGAUGCCUACUGA